AUGUCUGGCCUUGAGGUAGCGGGGAUUGUGCUAGGAAGUAUCCCUCUGGUGAUCUCAACUCUAGAGCACUAUAAGAAUGGUGUUUCAUUGAUACAGAGAUACAGAAGAUACGAGCGAGAGUUACAAAGGCUGAUCAGAAAUCUUGAAACUGAACAAGUCAAGCUGCAAAAUGUCUGCGAGAAGCUCCUUGACGGCAUUGUUCCACCUUCACUCAUCGAUGCAAUGGUAGAAAAUCCAGGAGGCGAUUUGUGGACCAAAAAAGAAACGCAAAAGGCAAUCCGGACCAGACUUUGGAAGUCAUGCGACGUUUUUGAACGGACCUUGAGAGACAUUCAGACAGCUACUGAGGGAAUGUACGACAAGCUUGGACAUGGGAGCGAGACAUCUUGGUCAGAUAUGACUCUCGCAGGCAAGGAGCUUAAGCGUAUAGCAUUUGCCCUGAGCCGUUCGGAAUACUCUGAACAUCUAACGACUAUCCGGGACGGUAUAACAAAUUUGGAAUCACUAGCGACAAUGAACAUUGAACUAGAACCCAAAAGACGGGUGAGAUCUCGUGUCAAGCUCCUCAGUGUUCUACGCACUGUUGUUGCCAGCAUAUACAGGGCUGUUGAGUCGAAUCUCAAAUGCAGCCGUGAGCAUCAAAUGUCUAUGAGACUAUCAGGAGGCGUCGACAAACCAAGUUACAGCGAGGAGGAUGAGAUCAUACAAGACCACCACACUGAUCUAUUGCUCGCCCACCACCUAUGGGAAGGCACAUCUCAGUCACUCAAGAUCGGCAAACAUGAAUGGGAGGGAUGGCUAUUAAGAGUAGUCCCAAACUUGCCAAGGACACCUCAGAUAUCUGUUCCUCUCCCCAUUCCACCCUCGCCUAAGCCCAAAGGUGGGAAGAAGGACAGAUCUGUCCGGUUCUCGAUGUCUCGAUUCUCAUCAUCAACUACUGUGUCAGACACAGCUACAUCAUCACUCACCAACGGAAUGGCGUCUGUAUCUAUGGGGAAAACAAAUGUCAACCCAUCAAAGACCCAGCCAUGCCACAAUAUAUGCAGUAAAGCUAAACCAAGCAUCAGUCCUGUAUGUCUAGGAGCCAUCACAGAUAAUUUGGCAGGGCAAAAACGAACAUAUAACGUUUACAGCUCUUCUGUACUUCCAUCAGAAACUCAGUACUCAACAGUCUCACUGUACGAGGUACUCCAUAACGAGGACGGAUACCAUCUUUUUACAUACAGACAAAGGCUGCAGCUUGCAGUUUUUAUCGCAACAAGCGUGCUGCACUUAUACAGAACUCCAUGGAUGCUGGAGUUACCUCGGAGCCAAAACAUUGUCUUUGUCAAAACGCGAGAUGUCAUCGACUACAGCAAGGCUUUUCUCAAAGCUGAGAAGACUUGUCAAGAUGGUGGCGGCCGAAAGGCGAUGAUACCUACACCCAAAUUAUUACCUAUUGGAGUCUUGCUCGUUGAGCUGAUCAAAGGGCAGAGGAUUGAGUCCCUUCGAUUGGCGAAGGAAGAACUCGGCAGUGAGCUCAGUGCUUUGUCGGAUUUCAUGACUGCACAGCGCCUUGUAGACGAAAUAUGUCAGGCUAGUUCUACUUACGGAAGUGCAGUCCGAAGAUGUCUGGAUGUCGGGUUCAAAGCGCAGGCGUGUGAUGUGCAGAAUGAAGAAUUCCAGCACAACUUCUAUUCUGGUAUUGUUGCCUUAUUAGAGGAAGACUUGAAUAAUCUGUAG